AUGUCCUUCCCGAAUGCAUCUUAUACCUUGUCAACGAAUGUGAACGUUACCGGGACGACACGCGAACCAGGAGAUCCAUACCAAUUCUUGUUACCAUGGUGGCAACAGACAGUAUUCUUCAUUGCCUUCGCCGCUAUUCUGCUGAUUUCUGCCGGCGGCAACCUUGUGCUAAUCUGGAUAGUUUUGGCCCACAAACGCAUGCGGACUGUCACCAACUAUUUCCUCAUCAACCUGGCGCUUGCGGAUGUCCUCAUUUCUCAAUUAAAUCUACCGUUUACGUUUCUAUACUUGUUGUAUCAAGACUGGUGGUUUGGAACGUUCUUCUGCAAACUAUCGUGUUUUAUAUCCCCGUGUACCAUCUCAGCAAGUGUUUUUACCUUUAUGGCCAUCGCUGUUGACAGAUACAUCGCCAUUAUAUAUCCACUUCGACCACGCAUGCCCAAACGUCACGUGAUUGUGGCCAUACUCUUCAUCUGGCUUUUCUCCAGCGCAUUAGCAUUUCCGAACCUAAUUUACUUUGAAACGGCUACUUAUCUUGCUGGUACGGUCUGCUUUAUCACGUGGCCAAUAGAAACGGAUCUAGCGUACAAUUAUCUUCUGCUUGUGCUUAACUACCUGUUACCGUUGCUAACGCUGGUGUCCGCCUACUCGCGCGUUGGGGUGGAGCUAUGGGGAAGCAGGGCCAUCGGGGAGGAGACGUCAAUCCAGACCGAAAGAGUCAAAUCAAAGCAAAAGGUGGUAAAAAUGAUGAUCGUGGUGGUUCUAAUAUUUGGUAUAUGCUGGUUACCAAUGCACGCAUACUAUCUGCUGACCAGCCACUACAGGUCUAUAACCGAGUACAAAUACAUCCAACAGAUCUACAUAAUCAUCUAUCUGAUGGCCAUGAGUAACUCCAUGUAUAACCCGAUAAUCUAUGGAUGGAUGAAUUCUAGAUUCCGGGAGGGGUUCAUUCACGUGUUCUGCUGGUGUCCGAGUCGCCGUUGCAAGAGGUCAAGCACCCAGCUUCGCUUGCGUCGCACGCUCUUCCCAACCGCGACGAGGGCUGAAAAAUAUGGCUCUGAUCGAAACGGUUCUAUGAUGCACACGUUGACGGAAUACGUAGACAUGGAAUCCAACUGCACUAGACGCAGCAACCAAUUUAAUAGCACUGUUCGCCGAGGAUCACCACGACGGACAGAGAAUGCGUUGUGAAGAACCUGGCAGCG